GCUCCCUUAUUCCCAAUUGUUUCUCGCCUUGACUCAUGAGACACAAUUGUACGGGGCAAGAAGGGGUCGCUCUCCUGCCAAACGCCUGCAGCCGGCUUGAAGAGCCACCCACAUGAGGAACACCUGCGAAAAUAACCACUUCAAUUUGAGAGCACUCCAGCCACUCUGCCUCUCUCCCAAGGCCUAAAAUAUCACAACCAAGCCGCGGGAGAAAUAAACCAUCGUAUCAUAAAGAAGAAAAAUGGGCAUCCCCUACUCGAAACAGAUAAACUUGGCCUUUGACCAGGUCACCCCCCUGGUGGCCGAGGGCUUCCAGGUUCUCGACACGACCAAGAACAUCGCCGUGGUCCUGCUGUGGCUCGAGAUCCUGUCCGCGCUCAUCAUCGCGCUCAACCUCGUGUGCCUGGUCGCAGUGCUCAUCACGCUGAACCCGGACCUCGAGGAGGAACGGCGGGCGCUGGUGACGCCCGCGGUGCGGUGGGUCGCACGGGAGACCUGGAAAGUCGUGGGCGUGCUGGGCAGGUGGUGGAUUGCGGUUGUGGUAUUAGGGUUCGGGGUCUAUGGUUUGGGACUGUGGAUGUGGUUCAGACAUGUUGGAACUGAUGUGGAGGAGGUCGAGGGGCCGGGGGAGGAGGGGCAGAAGGGCGAUGGGGGAAAUGAGAAAGGGAACAAGGAGAGUAACAAAAGCGGCCAAAAUGCGUGACAGAGUGGCAUGCUAGGAUGAGAGCCUUGGUAGACCGCUUGGAUGAUUUGGGGACAAGCGGGGGAUUGCCAUGACGGAUGUUUGCUCAGUUGGUGGCCACCAGUGAUGCGGCGACAUCACACCCGGGGACACGCUCAGCGACUAGCACACAAUCUGAUGUGGUAUGGAAAUAUGGGAAUGUGUUUCAUAAUCGUAACAGUUCAUCAUGU